AUUUAUUAAUGUCAAGUAUCUGUCAUUUGGGAAAUUUUUGUUAUUUAUUUAUUUGAAUUUCGACCUGAAUAAUUUCGUUUUCGAAAUCAUUCAUUAAUAUAUUUAUUUUAAUUACUCUAAAUAGAUUUUUUUAUUCAGAUUAUUGAAAGCGCUAUUGCGUGAUUGACGAGCGAACAAAUUCCUUGGGAGACAAUUUUAUUUUAUGGAAUUUUACGCACGUAAAUAUAUGAAAAAAAUUAUUAAACGGAAAAAGCAUGACUAAGAUGAAUUCAGUGAGCUUAUAUGUAACUACUAAUCAGAUUAUACUCAAAGCUGAUCCGAAUAAUUCAUCAACAUGGCAGGAUUUGUAUAGAUUAUUACCUUAUUUGAGGAACUCCUUGAGUUGUGUAGUGUGCAGUAACUUACUAGUGGACCCACAAUCUCCCACAGCAGGUCGAUGUAAUCAUCAUAUAUGUAAAAAGUGUAAAGGUGGUAGAAAGAAAUUAAAACCUGCAUGCUCAUGGUGUCGAAAUUGUGUGGAGUAUAUUGAGAACAAGAGUUUGAAAAUUCUUUUGCAAUGCUAUCAGCAGAUGUGUCAGCACCUCACCCAAAGUCCUAUUUAUGGAGGACUGCUAGAGCAAGCAUCCAUAGUUUCUCCAGUUUCAAGCGUCGAAAGAGGUGCCAGCAAUCUAUUAGCACUUAUAAGAGAAGGUUCAGAAUUUCAUGACGACUACCAAAGUGAGGGCGGUAUACCGAAAUCAACUUAUAAUAUCCUACCUUGUGUUUAUACGAAUUCAUCCACACAAACACUUCAACUAACACCUGCAGAAAAUAAUCCCGCUCCUCAACCACCAAAUGUUAUGUCUAUUGGGAACUCCUCUAACACAUCCAACAUACCAAGUAGAUCAAAUAUUGGCUCGAAUCUCUACUCGGUUAUGUAUCCUGGAGCAAUAAAUAAAAUAACAAUCAAAAGAAAACCAAAUGAAGGAAGCGAUUUGAAACAACAAAUCAUGCCUCUUAUGUCGAAAGAUUCUGUUGAAAAGGUUCCCGUUUUUAAGAAACCAGUCAAUAAGUGUAUAGUACAAUCCAAAAAAGGAUGUAGAUGUGGAAAUGCGACAGCUACUCCUGGUAAACUGACCUGUUGUGGCCAAAGAUGUCCAUGUUAUGUUGAGAGUAAAGCUUGUAUUGAAUGUAGAUGUAGAGGUUGUAGAAAUCCACAUAGGCCAGAUGGUCUCAAGGUGAGACCUAUAAUACCAGAUAUCCAUUCCUAUCAGAUGUCGUCAAAUCCACAAAUAUCAGAACCUCAGAUAAUUCAUAAUCAGCCAGUGAAACUGGGAAAUGUUGAUAUAGAUCCACAUUUCAGCUUUGAUCCUAUUGGUUUGAAAACGUACAAAGUUGUUGCAGGUGGCUUCAAUGGUUUAUCGAUUCCUACGACCCUCCUCAUGAAUACACCUAUCUUAGAAGAAGACAUAAACUUAGAAGUCCAAGCAAUAAAUAACAGUGAACAUUGAAGUUGCAAUCAAAGUCUAUGGAGUGUAAUUUUUUUAUUAUUUUUCAGAAAUGCUGGAACAAGAAUACAAAAUUUUAAGUGACUAUUUUUUAUAAUGACAAAGAGCAAAAAUCAUUAAAAUUUGAAACAAGA